AUGCUUUAUUAACAAUUAAUAAAUCCAUUAGUCACACUACUACAACAUUAAUUACCCAGGAACAUUGCCACAGAGUUGGGUACUUCAAGCUCACUACUGAGCUCAGCUCUUGUAGGAUUAUUACAUGACUGUAGAAAUAUUGCAGUGAUUUUUCAGUCAUCUGUGUGCAUUAGAGUGUGUGUUUGCAUGUGUAGUCAGUGUAUUGUGGAAACAGGCGGCUGGCAUUUAGGGCAUGUGAAAUGUCUGUGCCUAAAUAUAUACAGAGGUUAAAUAUACUGUUGGAAAAAAUAAUUACAUCAAAGAGUGAGGCCUGCAAUACAUUGGGCACAGCAACUCAACAGUUACUCAAGUUCUGUAUUAAGUACAAAUAUGAGGUAUUUCUACAUCUUUCUUUUAAUAUUUAUGUGCCUUUACUUCUGUACAAGUAGCUCAAAUUUAAAUGUAUUUAGUUACCUUCCACAACUUGAUAAAGAAUCUGACCAGUUCUUCCACCACAGAUAACUGGAUAAAUAACUCUUUGUUGCCCAAAUUCCUCAUAACACUGUCAAACCACAGUGAUGCAUCGUUUGAUGGCUUAUUGUUGUCACUAUAAUAGUUUUAUUUUUAGACAUUAGUAUGAUUGUGGAUUUGUGUCGUUUUUCUUUUCUCCGGGGCUUCUGCAUGUGGAAAAAAAAACAUUUACUUCUUUUAGUGUACUGAACACAUUAUUCCAGGGGAUGCGAGAAAAGCUCAGUGCGCAUGUGCAGCGUAGUCAUCUGACGAGUGAGCGGCGCCGUGGACGUUUCGCGUUGCCGCUUAACCGAGGGCCACCGCUGUAACACCGAGCGGGACAUACAUACACAUUCACACUGUCUCCUGCAAGAAUAAAACACCUAACCAACCGGAGAGUUACCAGCGAGACGACCCAGAGGUUUGGAGUGUUGCACGCGGUGACAUUUCUCCUGAAAUGUAGCCGGUGGCGUGAGUGCGGGUCGUUGUAAUCGCUCGGUCGCUGCAUGGCUGUUCCCAGGGAUGCCAUGAAAAUCAGAACAGCCGACUGAGAGACCGCUGCUCCUCGCUAUCACAGACACGGCGGCGGCGGCGGCGGUUGGUGGUGGUGAGCGAUGGAUACUGCUGGAAAGAUCCACAUUAGGUAGCGUUUACGAAGACCCAAGGAGAGCCGAGCGUCUCUGUUGCACAGUUAAGUCGCCGCCGGAGCUGUCUAAAGGAUGGAUUUCAGCCUGCUCCGGAAUAUCAUCAGCAGAUACUGUGUGGGGGAGGAGAACUGGGUGGACAGUCGGACGGUGUACAUCGGGCAUAAAGAACCCCCUCCGGGAGCUGAGGCCUACAUCCCUCAGCGUUACCCCGACAACCGCAUUGUCUCCUCCAAGUAUACCUUCUGGAACUUCAUUCCCAAGAACCUGUUUGAGCAGUUCAGAAGAAUUGCUAACUUCUACUUCUUGGUCAUAUUUCUGGUCCAGCUUAUCAUCGACACCCCCACCAGCCCAGUCACCAGCGGCUUGCCCCUCUUCUUUGUUAUCACUGUCACCGCCAUAAAACAGGGCUAUGAGGACUGGCUCAGACACAAAGCUGACUGCUCUAUAAACGAGUGUCCGGUGGACGUGGUGCAGCAGGGGAAGGUGGUGAGGACGCAGAGUCACAAGCUACGGGUGGGGGACAUCGUCAUGGUGAGGGAGGACGAGACUUUCCCCUGUGACCUCAUCCUGCUCUCCUCUAGCCGUCAUGAUGGGACCUGCUACGUCACCACCACCAGCCUGGACGGCGAGUCCAGUCACAAGACCUAUUAUGCUGUACCAGAUACCAUGGCCUUUAGAACGGAGCAGGAGGUGGGUUCGCUACAUGCCACUAUUGAAUGUGAACAACCGCAGCCUGACCUCUACAAGUUCGUGGGACGCAUCAAUAUUUACAAGGACAAAGAAGAGCCUGUGGCUAGACCACUUGGGGCUGAGAACUUGCUUCUUAGAGGAGCCACGCUGAAGAACACACAACGCAUUUAUGCUGUUGCAGUCUACACUGGCAUGGAGACAAAGAUGGCACUUAAUUACCAGUCUAAAUCUCAAAAGCGCUCCGCUGUAGAAAAGUCGAUGAAUGCCUUUCUAAUAGUGUAUCUGUGCAUCUUGAUCAGUAAAGCAGUGAUCAACACUGUUCUGAAAUACGCUUGGCAGUGGUCUCCCGACCGAGACGAGCCCUGGUACAACCACAGAACUGAGAAUGAGCGCCAGCGGCAUGUGGUGAUACGAGCAUUCACAGACUUCCUGGCUUUCAUGGUCUUGUUUAAUUACAUCAUCCCAGUGUCUAUGUACGUGACGGUGGAGAUGCAGAAGUUCCUCGGCUCCUAUUUCAUCACGUGGGAUGAGGAGAUGUUUGAUGAAGAGCUGGGAGAGGGAGCUCAGGUCAACACCUCCGACCUGAAUGAAGAGCUGGGACAGGUGGAGUAUGUGUUUACUGAUAAAACUGGCACUCUGACUGAGAACAACAUGGAGUUUAUUGAAUGCUGUGUCGAUGGGAACGUCUACAUCCCGCAUGCCAUCUGCAAUGGGCAAAUUCUCAGUGCUGCUUCCAGUAUAGACAUGAUUGAUUCCUCACCUGGAGGAUACAGGAGAGAACAUGAGGAUCUGUUCUUCCGGGCACUGUGUCUGUGCCACACUGUGCAGGUGAAGGAGGAGGAGACGGUGGAUGGUAUCAAGAGAGGAAUCCACCAGGGCAGGCCCACCUCCUUCUACAUCUCCUCCUCACCAGAUGAGGUGGCUUUGGUGGAGGGAAUGAAAAGGCUGGGUUACACCUAUCUGAGACUGAAAGACAACUACAUGGAGAUCCUCAACAAAGAUGAUGAGAUUGAAAGGUUUAAACUGCUCCAUGUGCUGAACUUCGACUCUGUCAGAAGAAGAAUGAGUGUCAUAGUCAAGUCAAGCUCAGGAGAAUACCUGCUCUUCUGUAAGGGCGCAGACUCGUCCAUUUUUCCACGGGUGGUAUCUGGGAAGGUGGAGCAAGUGAAAGCCCGGGUGGAGCAGAAUGCUGUUGAGGGGCUGCGGACUCUGUGUGUUGCCUAUCGCAGGCUGUCAGAGUCAGAAUACGAGGAGGCGUGUCAUCACCUGACUGAAGCCAAGCUGGCCCUGCAGGACAGGGAGCAGAGGCUAGCGCAGGCCUAUGACAUCAUCGAGAGGGACUUUGUGCUUUUGGGUGCCACAGCAGUGGAGGACAGGCUCCAGGAGAAAGCUGCAGAUACCAUUGAGUCACUGCACAAGGCUGGAAUGAAAGUUUGGGUGCUGACGGGAGACAAGAUGGAGACGGCGGCGGCUACCUGCUAUGCCAGUAAGCUGUUCCGUCGCAGCACGCAGAUCCUGGAGCUGACCAAGAAACGCACAGAGGAGCAGAGUCUGCACGAUGUUCUGUUUGAACUGAACAGGACCGUUCUCAGACAGCGCUCGAUUUCUGGGUUGUCGGUAGACUGCCUCGACUUUGGUCUGAUCAUCGAUGGGGCCACUCUGUCUGCAGUAUUAAAGCCUAACCAGGAGGGUGCUGGCCACGGCAACUAUAGAGAGAUAUUUCUGGAGAUCUGUCGCAACUGUAGUGCUGUGCUCUGCUGUCGCAUGGCCCCGCUGCAGAAAGCACAGAUUGUGAAACUAAUUAAAGCUUCCAAGGAGCACCCCAUAACCCUCGCCAUCGGCGAUGGAGCCAAUGAUGUCAGCAUGAUCUUGGAAGCACAUGUGGGCAUCGGCAUCAUGGGUAAAGAAGGACGACAAGCAGCAAGGAACAGUGACUACGCCAUCCCAAAGUUUAAACACCUGAAAAAGAUGUUACUUGUUCAUGGCCACUACUACUACAUCCGAAUUGCUGAGCUUGUUCAGUACUUCUUCUACAAGAAUGUAUGCUUCAUCUUUCCUCAGUUCCUGUAUCAGUUCUUCUGUGGGUUCUCCCAACAGCCCCUGUACGACACUGCCUACUUGACGUUGUACAACAUCAGCUUCACCUCACUCCCGAUCCUCCUCUACAGCCUGGUUGAGCAGCAUGUCACCGUGGAGACACUCAAGCGAGAGCCCUCCUUGUACAGGGACAUAGCGAAGAACUCCCUCCUCCGCUGGCCUGUCUUCCUGUACUGGACGUGCCUGGGUGUGUUUGACGCUGUUAUCUUCUUCUUUGGUGCCUACUUCCUUUUUGACAACACCACCUUCACCAGCAAUGGCCAGAUGUUUGGGAACUGGACCUUUGGGACUCUUGUCUUCACUGUGCUGGUGUUCACUGUUACGCUCAAGCUUGCCUUGGACACGCACCACUGGACCUGGAUCAAUCACUUUGUCAUCUGGGGCUCAUUACUUUUCUAUGUUAUUUUCUCUCUUCUCUGGGGAGGCAUCAUUUGGCCCUUCCUGAACUACCAGAGGAUGUACUACGUGUUCAUGCAGAUGCUGUCCAGUGGUCCAGCAUGGCUCAGCAUCAUUCUGCUUAUUACGGUUAGCCUGUUGCCAGAUGUCAUCAAGAAGGUCCUCUGCAGGGCCAUUUGUCCCACGGCUACCGAACGUGCACAGUCCACUCGCCCGUGCCUUACUGUGGAGCCGUCCACCAUCUUCAUGCUUUCUCAGUCCUCCAGCAGAAUGAGUUUCUGAUUGGCCCAGAGAGACGAGAGAGGAGCAGGAAGAGGAGGAUCAUGAGAGGCUUUCGUGGGGUGGCGUGGUCGAGUUGACUCCACUGUCCUCUCGUCGAUCCUACAAAGGCACGAGCACGGACUCCUCUCACCUCCACCUUGGCGCUGCGGAGACGCUGUCGCUCCGCAGGUCUGAU